AAGCUGUUCGCAUAUAAAUGCACGUCUCGUCGGCUGCAAUUUGUUAUUUAACGCACGGAGUUGGUAGACAAAACAUCUGUUUCGCGAUCUACUUACUAUAAGCAUGAAAAACUCAAUCGUGUCUCGCCUCAUCAGUGCGGUAGUUUAUAUAAUUUUGCAGAUCAAUUCACUCAACGAUGCCAAGCCACGUGGUAAAAUGGAGAUGAUGCCAGACAGUUGCAAGGAGAAAACGUAUUGUGUGACGAAACACGAACACUAUCCCGAUGAAACAAUCCAGACUCUACUAGAAAAUAUUGAGGAGCUCGUCGUGAUGACAGAGAGUACUAAUCUCACCUCGAACAGUGCAACCGACUUCCAAGAAUCGUGCGACUGCGAAACCAACAUUUUUAUGCAACCUAUUUAUGAAAUUAUCGACGAAUACGACAACUUACGGUUCGUGGCUCAGUCCGCAAAUUUCCGCCAAGUUGCAAGAAUAGAGGAAUGCCAAACACCAGGCCGCGUUUUGGAGAGCACUUUAAAUUUCCCCCAAAUUGUAUUGGAAAGCGUGAACUUGUCCUGCGAGGAGACCCGAAUACCGUAUCAGUUUAUCGUUUUGAGCCUGGAUGGGACGUCGAUGGAAUCUGUGUCGGUGAAAGGAGGACUUCCAGUGAGCUGCGACACUCGGCUGGCAGAGUGACAAAAAAUUGUCUGUAAACCCGUUCAUAUCACUUAAGAAAUUGUCUAUAAUAUUCAUACGAAUUCGAAAUUUGAAAAUUAGUGAAAUUAGAAUUUUGAAGAAAUCGGUUAGCAAUAUUUAUAUAUAAUGUGUUUCCUCUUCAACCUACGCAUUAUUCAUCCAACGGUGUUUAAAUUUAUUUAUAGAAUUCACUUUAACGUGUCAGACAAUACAGACAUUAAUGACUGAUGACGUACGAGUUGUGUUACGUAAUGUGUGAAGUAUACCUUGACGCAUUGUUCGAAAUAUAAUAGUCAAAAUGCAUUACUUUUAGAAAAAAAAA